GGAGUACUACAUUGCCAGCAAUUGCCAUUGUAUUUUGGACAUUAUUGUUCUAGCAUCCUGUCUAAAUAUUUGUUCUAUUUAUAUGAAAAUUCAAAUAUUACUCAAUCAUUUUAACUACUGCGGAAAUAAAUGCUACUAUAGACUAUUGUAGUGCGUGCGCAAGAUCUUCGCUGAACUAGCUACGUUCACUGCACUGGUGCUUGUUCCCAUCUUUACUAGCGACCCAAUAGGAAAGGAGUUCCUGUGGUGCCUGAUCUCUCGUAAGUCGGAGUCGAUGUAGUACGGGUACGGGUGGAAGUGGCAGCAAUUUCCCAUGACUCAAUUCUUUCUCUGUUCUUUUUUGUAUAGUAAUUUACUGAUUCACAUGACAGUAAUAGCAUGCAAUCAAUGGUAGUAAAGUGUGUCAAAUGAAUAGAGAUAAAAUCUUUAUGGUCACUAAUUAUUAAUCUUCCAGCAGACCUGUUCAUGCAGAUCGACCUGUUAUGGACUCGUCAAAGAGGCAACGACCUGAGAAAGGAUACUAUUCCUACCUCCAUAAUGUAAGCUCGGCUGACAUGGACUUAUCUAGCAUGCGGGAAGCACGAGAUGUGAGAACCACUCUGAGCUGUAAGUCUGAUGACAGUCUGCCAGAAGGGGUCUUCCUUGUUGAGAGGAUAAUUCAUCAUCGACUAACUAAGCUCAAGGGACCUUUUGUUCCAUUAUCCCGGGCCUCCUAGCUAUGGCAGUAAACAAGCAGUCCAGAAGAGCAGAGAGCCUGUCCAUCACCAUCUCAAAUUCAGCAAAGAAGUACUCUGACUUCAGCCACACAGAACCACAAGUACAGCCAAACUUCUCUCUCUCUAUUCCUAUCGAGUUGCUGCAUCAUUGGUACAUGAACAAGAAGGCAGAAGAGACAUUCAUUAGCUUAGUUAAUAGCAUGGUAACAAUAGUUAAACUAGCACAAAGCGAUCGUCUGGAGAAAAGGCUUGCAGAACAAGCUAGCAAGGUAGCAAGAAAGAUACGGGGGCUAAAAGGAAGAAGGAGGUAUGCCGUACUUGCUGGAGAAUACAACCUCUUCGUGCUUGAUGGAGAAGCAGAAUCGUAUUCUGAAAUUGAGCAGCAACUAUCCACUGAAUCUCCACAGCCAACAACAAUCCCCGAAACAAGUAGACCUACCACAGCACACAUCAACAAAGGCAAAAAAGUUCACGAGGUAUCACCACGACAGGUAAAACGAAAGCUAGCACACUGUAAGAGCUCUGCAGAGCAAGCGCUUUGGUUUUGUGAAUCAUUCGGUCUUCAGCCAGAAUCUUUAGAGCUACGCAAACAGACAGGAUCUCCCAUCAAAUUCAAUUUUUUAUCUAGCCCAUCUCACAAGCCACAACAUCAAACGCCAGCUCUUUCACCAAACGAUUCUGCGAGGGUACAGCAAGCUCUUUAUGUACUUGACAGGUUUGCUGUGAGUGACGAAGCUUAUCAUGAAUUGAGCGUCGCAUCUGAUUUACCACCACUGUACCGAAUCAAGGAUGCUCGCCUCUCAAUUAACAACUCUCUCGACAUCCGACAUCUCGAAGGUCCUUAUCCUGGUGCUUAUAGACCACCGAAAGCUGCAAUCCAGGAAGAGCUAGCUAAGAUCGUUCAUUCAGGGAAAGCUAUCACCCAACCAGUAAAAGUAAAACUCAGUGGUGACGGAGCCAGAUUCACAAGAUCAUCCAAUAUCAUACUUCUCUCAUUUGCAUUUCCAGAAAUUCAAGACAAUGUUUUAUCAGGCAUGGGCAAUCAUACUUUUGCUGGCCUAAAAGCCGAAGAGUCGUAUGAAACAAUUAGUUCAGGACUAUCUGAGGUAUUGAAGGAGUUGAACGACAUCAUUUCACACCCACUACUCACUGUUGAUGAAACAGAGUACCGCCUUGAGUUUUUCCUGGGUAGUGAUUACAAGUUUCUUUUACUGAGUAUGGGCCUCAACAAAGCAACCUCUAUGUACGCUUGUGUCUGGUGUACCAUCAAGAAGGAUGAAAGGUGGGAUAUGUCAAAGGAUAGGGCUGACUACACCGUAACAAAUGCAAGAACAUUGAGUUCCCUACAAGCAAAAGGCGCACUUCCCAGCAGUAAACCAGCAAGUGUACGACUAGGAUCAAUUACAACACCACUAUACUGA